AUGGAUUUGUACACUAUUUGUUUGUGGACAGGAAUAGCUAUUUUUGCAGUUAAGCUAUUCGAACUGUACAAAAGAUUAGCCCCAUAUUUCACUGCACCAGUUGAUGUUAACGAAAGAUAUAUCAAAGGAAAAAAAGACGUAUGGGCAGUUGUUACCGGUGCUAGCGAAGGUGCUGGAAGAGAUUGGGCAAUUGAAUUAAGUAAAAGAGGCUUUAACAUUAUUCUUAUAGCAAGAACAGUCUCUAAACUUGAAAAAGUAGCUUAAGAACUUAACCCAGCAGUAAAAAGCAAAAUUCUGCCUAAAGAUUUUUCAAAAUGUGAUGACGAGCAAUUCGCUCUUGAGCUGAAAAAAGACUUGUAAGAUUUUAACAUAGCAGCCUUGGUGAACAACGUAGGAGUUAUUGAUGUUGAGCGCUUUGAAAAAAUCUCUGCUUAAACUAUUGCUAACCAUAUUAAGAUUAAUAUGAUAAGUAUGUCGGUUAUGGUUUCUAUCCUUUAUGAAAAAUUGUAUUAAGAUGCUAAGAAAGAUAAUAGAAAAUCAAUAAUUAUAAAUAUGAGUUCUUUUUCUGCUGAAAAUCAUUCUGCAUUUUAUUAAAUAUACUCUUCAACUAAAAAGUACAUUCUCCAUUUUACAACUAUUUUAGAUAAAACAUAUAAACUUCACUAAGAUGAUUUCAAAGACUAUGUUGAUAUUUUAGCUAUUCGUCCCUACUUUAUUAAAACAUAGAUGGUUAACUUUAAAUCUCUUCCCUUCACUGUGACUACUGAAUAGUUCUAAAAGGGAGUUUUUAGUAUAAUUGGAAAAACCAAUCAUGCAAGCGGUACAGCAAUACACGAAUUGUACUCGUUCAUAAGCGGCUUGGUUCCUAAGUAUUUAUUAGAUUUUGCUAUGCCUCACAUAACUUGGAAUCUAGUUGUUUAAUUAGGGUUUUAAAAAAAAGAUAAUUGA